AUGCAUUCGCUGAAACUGGUUCUUUACAUAUUUCUAUUCGCUAGUUCUGUUAGGUUAAUAUCUAGUAGAAGCCUUUGUGAAAUCUACGACAGACAUUUGAAAUAUUACAAAGUAAGGGAUUGUUAUAAAUCCAACAUACCUGUUAUUUCUUGGACGAGAACAUCUAAUCUGCAAGAUUGCAUGGAGUUUACUAGGCAGAGAAACGGCCUGGCUUUCAAUUUCAGUCCUGAAGAAGCAUCGAACUAUCGGAAUUUUAGUCAAAAUUGUCAUGUGCUAGGAUGUCCAGAAACAAAGAAUGGUAUAACACUUGUAGCUGAUUUAACAUUCGAUUACUACAGUGCAUAUGGAAAUUUGAGCAUGACAGAGAAUUCAACUUGUAUCAAAUCUAUCGGUCUUUUUGGGUUGAUUGAAGAAAAACAUAAUUAUAACAGAUCCACAGAAAAAUGUCAAAAUAUCGGAGCCCACCUAGCAAAUGUUCUUUCUGAGAUCAGAACUAACCAUUUAUCCCAGUACAUAAAUGACACCCUUCAAGACUGGUAUAAAGUGGCAUAUAUCGGUCUGAACGACAUCAACGAGGAGGGCAAUUUUAGAACUCUAAAUGGCUCGAAGCUUAGUUGUUUCAGAUACAGGGCGUGGGGACCAGGUCAUCCAAGGUCUAAGCACAGAAACGAGGAUUGCGUCGUGUUAGACUCAGAUAGGAUGUGGAGGGUGGUGAAAUGUAGUUCUAAGUUACCGGCUCUGUGCGAAUUUUAUCCUUCGCAACCUUUGGAAAAUGUUGAUUUUGGCAAUAUAAGUUACCAUGGAAAUUCUAGUAAUGGUCAAAAUGGAACUUGCAUAUCAAAACAAAUUACAAAGGAUCUAAAUCUAACAAUAUUUCGUAGGGAAUAUUUGCGGAAUUAGAGGUUGUCAAGAAAAUUUUAACUAUUUUU